AUGGCUGCUAUGAUAGCUGGCCUCUAUCGCCUACUAAAAGGGCGAAUUUCCACUCCGGUCGACCCAAACACGUCACUUGAAGGCAAAACCGUCCUCAUCACAGGUGGAAAUCGCGGCCUCGGCCUUGAAGCGGCUAUCAAAUAUGUCAAUCUUGGUGCAACUACCGUGAUUAUCGGAUGUCGCAGCACAGAGCGAGGCAACCAGGCCAAAGCGACCAUCGAAACGCUCACCCGCCGAAGAGGGGUCGUGCAGAUUUGGCCGCUGGAUAUGAGCAGGUACGAUAGUGUGAUUGCUUUCGCAGGGCGUGUCAAUGAGGAGAUCCCACGGUUGGAUAUCGCGCUGCUCAAUGCGGGAGUAUUACACCGGAAUUAUACCCUAUCUUCAGAAGGGUGGGAGGACACCCUUCAGAUAAACACGUUAUCCACCAUCCUCCUCGCGCUGUUGCUUCUUCAGAAGCUACGAGCAAGCCGCACGGAUGGAGGAGGCCCGGCAAAUCUUACCUUCACUUCCAGCGGAACCCACAAAUUCGUUAAAGGGGAGCAACUCGUUGGUUCAGAAGACCAAUCUAUCCUCCAGCAUGUCAACGCGGAGUCGAAUUUUUCUUCCAUAGUACAAUACAAAGUCUCCAAAAUUUUAAUUGAGUUCGCCGUGAAGUGUAUCGCCAAGAUUGCUCGCCAGGAAAACGGGACUGUUGAUGUUAUUGUGAACUCCGCGUGCCCUGGAUUCUGCUCCACGAAUUUAGAGAGGGAGUUUGAUAGCUUUGUACACCGAUUGCUUGGACCCAUAUUUUAUUUUAUAUUUGGAAGAUCGGCCGAGCAAGGUAGCCGGACGUUGGUGAGCGCAACUUUGCUCGGAGAGGAGUCGCAUGGAAAAUUCUGGACACACGAUUCUUUCCCGGAUCUAUCGCAGUUUUUGAUAUCUACGGAAGAAGGUAAAAGGCUGCAAGAAAGGGCUUGGACAGAAAUAGUUGAAGAGCUGAAAACUAGAUCUCCCCUGAUCAAGGAGCUCCUUAACCCUUCUUGA